UGGAUCUAUUUAAUUAUAAUGAAUAAUAAUAAUAAUAAUAAUUAUGAAAAUGAAAAUAAUAAAUAUUGUUUAUCAAUUAUUCUAAGAUACACGAACAGUUUAAAAGUAAUUUGUGUUUUAGGGUGAAUCUUGAUAAAAAAUGCUGUUGCUAUAUAUUAUAGGCUUUAACAACUUAUAUCACAUAGCUAUAUUUUUAUGUUAUCACACUUCAAUUUUAAUUACUCCUACACUUCUGUAUAGCUAUUUAAUAAAACCGCUGCAAAUAAAGUUGUCGGUAAUGGACGCAUCUAACGCACCAGAAUAAUUAAAUCGUCCCAGUUUUGACGAUAUACUAAUGUAUAAAUGAUACUCUAUCAGACAAACAUAAUAAUAUAUCGAAUUAUCUAAAAGCUAGUGCGCGGCAGGCAGCGGACAUUUUCAAAACGAGAAACUCAAUUAAGUUAUACACAUCGUGAGUAUAAAAUGACCGGUACCAGUGCCAAAUCCGUCAGUGUCAUACGUUCAGACUUACGAGGAUCUACGACUAGCGCAAAAGAUUUUUUACGACAUCUCAAAGGAAAAUUCAAAGAUGAACACUCCAUCCAAGAAAAUCGCUCUCCUGGCCGCCGCAUUGGUAUUGAUCGCAAUCGUAGGUUACACGGCGGCGGAUAUGGCGGAUGUGGCCAUGUGCAUCAGGAACUGCGCUCAGUGCAAGAAGAUGUUGGGUGACUACUUCGAGGGGCCCCUGUGCGCAGAUGCUUGUGUCAAGUUCAAGGGCAAGAUGAUACCGGACUGCGAGAACGUCGAUUCCAUUGCACCGUUCCUCAACAAGCUCGAGUGAUCUA